AGUGCGUAAAUGUAAUUCGACAAGCAACUGGCAGAACUUCGCAGAAUAAUAACAGAACUUCGUACGAUCGCCGUACAAAACAUAAACAAACGUUCGCGGGUUUAACUACAAGUACCAGAAUGCAUUGCGCCAUGACGUAAUAAGGGGAAGGUCUAUUGAGUCAUUACUUGAUUAUUCAAUGGAAACCGAACGAGUAUAGGUUGAUCAUCGAUAAAUGGUUUAUUAUUUACAAUAUUCAAAGUCGAAGCUUGCACCGAAUAUGCUUGUCCCGGCGCGUAGUACGAUAAACGAUUCGGUACUUGGCGUAAACGAUAUUUUGUUGAAUUUCGAGGGUCCUCGAAAUUAAAGAAGCGUGACAAAUUAGAACAACUCAUCGUUAGCAUCAUUAAGCGUCCUUUGUUACGAAAUGAAAACUCACUGAAAUAGAAAUUUUGUUCUUUGUUUCGAUAAACCAAUGAACGGCGCAACAUACUUCCUUUAACAACGAAACUUGACUACGUAUGUCAAUAACUUAUGUUUAUUUAUUAUGAACACAAUAGGUAUUAAGCAUAUUUUAUUGUUUAUAUAAAAGGUUAAAAGGUUUGAAUGUUUUGAAAGUGAGAAACUCAUGCCUUGCCUUCCUGGUUGAGUUAGUCAAGCAAAUCAGAAAGCGCUUUCAAGUCAACCAGCCAGUGUUCAGAUGUGUAGAUUUUUUACUGCCAUCAAAUGCCGUCCAAUGCAAGCCUCCAUCGCUUCAAGAUGCUUUCACCCUGAUACCGUUUUUAAGAAAUGUAGCAGACAGUAGCCGUGCAGACUUGGAAUGGGGGCAGCAAGCUUUGGAAGAGGACACCGAUAUACUUCCAAAUCAAACCGCAACAGCAUUUUGAAAAAACCAGCUUGAAGCUAAGAUGCUUAACGGCGGUUACAAGAAUCCAAACUUGAGAAAAGUGGUAGCAACGGCACUUUCAUUACCUUUAUCAAAUGCAUCUGUUGAGUGUUUGUUCAGUUCUUUGAAGCUGGUAAAGACAUCUUUAAGAAGAAGUUUAAAGCGCGAGACAUUACUUGGUUGAAUGCACACCAAUCAAAGCAUGAAGGCAAUGGGAAGUCAUGCACACCAAAUCAAGCUGGAUGGUAUGCUUUUAGAACUGGUGCAGAAAGUAAAAAGCAGUGCGACAGAUAGUCAAGCGCAUGAAAUUGUUAAAAACGAACUUUCUAAAAUUGCCAAAAAUUGACAUUUUUACAGCAGUGCCAGCACUUGCAUAGUAGAUUUGUGUAGUUUUGUUCUAACAAUCUUAUGGUGAAACAAAACUUGUUUCACCAUAACAAAACAAGUCCUUUUGUCUACACAGUAGUAGGUUUUUCGUGCUCAUGUAGAUAGAUUCCAAAACUGCUAGGUAGAACGACGAUCGGGCUUUACCAAUAAUCCGAAACAUGUCGCCAUUGUUGUUUUUUGCACAAUCUGGGUUUUUCAGUAAAUGCUGCCCGAUAGCAGAAUCGCAGGUUUUAGUUGUAAUUUUAGAUUUGCAAGACCGAGGUGAAUGUUCUCUUUGGGGACGAAUUUUGUUUCUAAUACUAGGCGGAACAUGUUGUUCUGACGUUUUAAACUCUGAAGAGUGUCAGAUGAAAAGCUUUGGUUUACUAAAUGUUUGCUUUUUUAAAAGCCAUUGUCUAGUUUUGUUCUGUUUAAUAUCAUGUUUUUUAUUGUUUUGUUUUUAUUUCUUAAUUUGGAAAAUUCCUUAAAAAAUCCUCAAAAACAUAUUUUCCUUAAAAAUCUCCUUAAAAAUAUCCAAAAUUCCUUAGUCUUAGGAAAAAUCCUUGAAAGUAAGUGCCCAGGAACGCUGAGAAAUAUGCAGCGUACAGCCUCAAAGUUGGUUCAAAAUAGCCUCAUUUUGAGAUCAACGUAAACAGCUGAUGAACGUCAGAGUGGUUGGAGCUUCAUCGAAAACAGUAAAUAUGAUUUCAUUCAAAAACUAUUGCAAUGUCCUUAUUACUGUUUCAUAAUCAUUCUCUCAUUUGACCCCUAAUCCACUAACAGUAAAGCGGAAAGGAAAGAUGGAUGAGCAAAAGAACAAAGAAAAACAGAAAUGCAAUAAGGAGUUUCUUGAGCAUCAAUAUUCUCCAAGCAGAUGGUCUAAUGUGGCUUCUUCCGAUGAAAUCAUUCAACUACAUGUCAAAAAAAUUACUGAAGCAAGUACUCAAACAAUAAAAAAAGUUAAAUGUGAUGUUGAUGUUCAAUAUGGUCAGAGUGCUGGUGAGAGAAUGGAUGUAUUCUUUCCUAAGAGUUCAGAGAAAAGAGGUGAAGAAAAGCAGCCAAUCCUUGUCUUCAUUCAUGGUGGAUAUUGGCAAGAACUAGGGAAGGAUUACUACAGUUUUCUUGGAAGUGUUUUUGGACAGUAUGGCAUAACUACAAUAGUUGUUGGAUAUGAGCUUGCUCCAAAAGUAAAACUGAAGACAAUUGCUGGAGAAAUCAGGAAUGCAGUUUGUUCCAUCCAUGAAAGAUUUCCUUCAGCACCAUUGAUUGUUUCUGGCCACUCGGCUGGCGCUCACUUGGCAUCACUUCUAUUAACUGUCAACUGGAACUCCUUAGGAUUUUCUAGGUCUCCAGUUCAAGGCUUGGUUCUAAUCAGCGGAGUGUAUGAUUUGAGACCUCUUGUUAACACCUAUGUCAACGAUGCUCUUAAUAUGAAUACAGAGGAAGCAUUGAUGCUCAGUCCAAUGUGCUCAGUUGACCAGAUGGAGUUCAAUUCCAGUUGUAAAAUCAUGUCCCUCGUUGGCCAAUACGAAUCGCCAGAAUUCCAUAGACAAUCAAAGGAGUUCGCUGAAGCUUUGAGAAAUGCUGGGUACAAGGUUAAACAUGAUAGUAUGGAAAACACAGAUCAUUUCAGUAUUGUUCACAAUUUCACGCUUCCCAGUUAUAAUCUCACCAAGGUCAUAGUCGAUUUUAUCAAUGACGUUUCACAAAUUUGCUGGUGAGUUGGCAGUAGCUGUGGGCGAAAACUGGCCAUGAAUUGCCAUAAUAUUUUCAGGCUAUUUGAUAGUAACUUUUUGUAAACAUAAUAGGAAUUGUAUAGUCCAAUUUUGACUAAAAACGAAUUAAGAUCUGAGAAAGUAGCAAUUACCAGAUUUUAAAUUUGGCUAAAAGUCAAUUAGAAUUAAAAGUUAAGUUAUUAUCUUUAUGAAUCAAACGAACAGCCUCUUUUUUGCUUCAGUAAGAAAAUAUUAUUUAGAUUUUGAUGAGAAUUCGGCUUUCGUUUUUUAAUUUCUUAUCGCAUUUGGCAUCUUGUUAAAAAUUUCAGUUGCACUAUUCCUCAAAAUUUUAGAAUUUAUUGUAGUUGCAAUUUGUGGUGCAGAGUUUGAUCUCAAAUGUUUACUGUUUUCUUUUAAUGAUAUGUCAAUGUAUUCUGGUUUGUUUUGAUCUGUUAUAUAAUUAAAAGCCAGCUUCACAAGGUGGCAUUCUCGUCUCUCUUUCAUAGGUAACCAGCCUAAUGAUAUGUUGCCUUUUUCUUUAACUUAGCGGCCU